AUGGGAGCCGCCCCGGGCCUGAUACAUGCCGAGUCGGGGACCCUGCGCCGCCUCCAGGUCUUCGCCACCGAGGUCCAACGGCAGUCCCGCGGCGCGCGCACCUUCACGCCUGUCGUGCCCCCCAUGGAGGCGCCCGUCUUCGACCAGGCGCGCCAGGCCGACGGCGCCUUCUCGAGGGUUGCCGAUGUGGAGGGCAUGGAUGCCUUUGGGGCCGAGAUGGUCAGGAGAGGGCUGGAACACUGGUGGAUGGACGUCAACCGCCAGCAGCUGUUCAGUGCUCGAAGCUGA